CUCCUUCCUCACUCGUUAGCACGGGCAUAAUAUAGAUGUGCCUCCGUAUAUUCAUUCAGCGUGAACUCAGUCCCUCUUUAGACGUCGCCGUGGAUGCACGUGCUUACGUUUGUGAGAAUUUCUACGAGCUUUCAGAAUUAAAAACUUAAAUCGUGCUUUAAACGGAUUUUAAAAGUGAAACCGUUCAGAAUUAACUCAGUGUUAUUUAUUGUGACAACGUUUGUGAAUUAAAAAGGAUUAACUUGUUUCGCGGUAAACAAUGCAAAAGAGGAAACGUCAAAGAAAAAGGAAACUAAAAUUGUGUGGUGUGAAAUGGACGAUGAUUUUGAAAAUAUAAGGGAGUGAAAGAAAUGAAGUUUAAAAUGGCUUUCCGUGCGCUGCGUCCGAUAAAUGGCGGACUUUCUAACAGACAUCUGUUGGUUGUUAUUCUAUUCUUGUGUCAGACUAUAGUUUGUGACAGUCAAUGUCCGAAGUUUGCUGAAAAGCCUCUGGAGACGCGAGUUGAAGAUGCUUCCAUUGUUUUCAGGGCGGUUGUUAUACAAGCACAUUUUCAGAGUAAAACAUUAGAUUUAGCACUUGUAUCAAUCUAUAGAGGUGGUGUGGAGCUGGCGUCUGUCAGUCAGUACUCAGGCUCCCCGUACAACACAACUGAUCGGCAAGUGAAUCUAAAAGUGAGUCCGCAAAUAGAGGGAUGCUUCAACUGGAGUAUGGCUCCAUCGCAAAGCGAGUUUAUUAUCUUCGCGAGGAUCAGUGACCCAGCCGAAGACUUGGAAACGACGCCAGCAGACGGACCAUGGCUAGAGGCCACCUCAGCAGCAGUUCCUUGGAGUUUAGGCGUUGAUAUAGCUAUUUGGAAUGCAGUCGGUUGGGCGGGUUGGGGAGAAUGGGGCGUGUGCAGUAAAACAUGUGGAGGAGGUAAACAAAUCAGAAGAAGAUACUGUUCAAAAGCAUUGUGCGAAGGCUUUGGUGAACAAAGACGUUCAUGUAACUCUUUUGAUUGUACAGUAUCUAUAAAUCCUCUAGCGCCUGACGCUAGACGCAACUUCCAUCCUACACAAGCCCGAUGGGGGUCAGUUCCGGACCGGCCUCACGCAUUCAGUCUGCGACCAAACUCUUACAUAUGGAUUGCUUCUUCAGAACUCUUUGCCACUGGAAGAACUUUUCCGUCUGAGUUCACAUUAUUUGUUUCAUUGAGAUUAAGACCUGAGAGCGGUGGUUACGGCCAAGGCACACUAUUCUCGUUGCGGUCCCGGCGGCGGUCCGGCUCGUUCCUGUCACUCGAGCUGGCCGGGCGCGGCGCGGCCAGAUUGGUUCACGCUGGGGCCGGCCUCUCACGCUCUAUAUAUCUUGCAGUGCCAUUGUAUGAUUUCCGUUGGCAUCAUAUAGCUAUAAGUGUUCACGACGAUAAUACGGUCCGUGUUUACGUCGACUGCCGUUGGCUAAGGACAGAUGUCCUUGAGAAGGAUGCUUUGGACACGCCAACUGACGCCGAUCUCAUUAUAGGCUAUCUUUUCUCAGGAGAUCUCGAACAACUAGUGUUGGUUCCGAAGGCGGGUCAAGCUCACAAGCAGUGCUCUAGUCAAGUCGUAGGAGUGACCAGUUUACCUGAUACAUUGCAAUUACCUUAACUGGUUUAAUAUACGC